GACUCUUCAUUUUAAUGGCGUGAGUGUGAGCGGUGGCAGAGCGUACUAUCAAAUACUGAGAGAAAAACAACAAGAAGAAGAGAGGAUCAAAACCCUCUCUCUCCCUCUCUUCAUUAUCUUCCUCUCUCCCAUUGCCAAAUCCACAAUCCCAAAAUGACAUUGACAUUUGCAUCACUGCUUGAACAAACACUAUCACUGCUUGUUUUCUGUGCUUGAUGGAACGAUACCCUUCUUUUAUUCUUCUCUGAAUCGUUUUCUCACGUGGGUUUUGGGAUUCUGAAUCUGGGUUCUCUCUGUUUUUCUCUGAAAAAAAGUAUUUUUUCUUUCUGUGCGUGUGUGCUUUUACGUGUAUUGUAUAUUAGACAUAUAUAUUGUGUGUUGUAUGUUGUAUAAUGUUUAAAAUAGCUGAGGAAGACGAGAGGGUUUUACAGAACAUGAAGAGGGAAACAGGAGAGCUUGAGAAGUUUUGGAAUGAGAACCCCAAGAAUCAACCAUAUUCCAAUCUCAUUCAUCUUCUUCAUCCUCCUCAUCAUCAUCACCUUGUGAGUGGUUCACCUGUUAGCAGAGCCUCUCUGCAAUCAGAGUUCUCUCCUUCAAGCUCUUUCUCAAAUGGGUUUUAUUCCUCUGAGGAUGGCUCUCCAUAUUCCACCCCAUUUGAGGAGGCCAAAUAUCAAACACCUUACAUGAAUGGAUUGUGGUUGGACUCUAAGCCUCCUGAUUCUCAUUUCAAUGAGAAGAUGGGGGAUGAUCUGCGUUUGGCUGAAAGUUUCUACAGAAUGCGUAUUGGGGAUGAACAGGAGGGUGGUGCUAAAAGGAUGGGAUUUGAGAGAGGCCCAGAUGGGUUUGGGCUUGGUGUUGGUUUUUCAGCUGGUACUAGUUCUUGGAAUGUUGAAAACUAUGGCCUACUUGAAAGUUCUAAGAAUAAUAUAUCUGAUUUUGAAGCUCUUAAAUCCUCUGGUUUUGGAGUUAGAGGCAGGUUUGAUGGUACUAUUAAUGAGUCAGCAUUGCUUGGAUUGCAGAAAAGAUGUACUGUUGGUGAUUCAAUGGGGUCUUUUCUUAAUCAUAUGCAGCCCAAUGCUUUGUAUUCUGGCCCUAGUGGUGUAAAAAAUCAAAUGAGUUGUAUAUCAGGGCAAAGAAAAGAGGAACAGGGAGAUGGUUGGUAUCAGAGGAAACCAUCUCUUGCUAGGCCUUACCUUGAUGAAGAAUUUUUUUGCUUACAGCUACAUGGAACGGAUUGUAAUGGUGGAAAGGGCCUUAUGUAUCCAAUGGGUUCCCCUCAGUUGUCCUCAGUUGCUCAGUUGAAUGUGGACAAUCUUUCACAUAAUCAUUCAAUGAUAAAACAAAGGACUAAAGUAAACCCAAAUAGUGGGGUUCCUGAAUCUUUCAAGUCUAUGAAAUGUGCAGGGGAACCUGAGUGUUUUUGUUGUGAGGAUAGUUUCAUUAUACAAGGAAAACAUUUGAAUCAUACCAUCAGCAAGGGUAGCAAGUCUUCAAAGGGUUACAAGAAGAACUCUUGCAAUAAGGCAAUGCAGACAGAAGGAGAGAAAAGCUUUAGACUGGAUUCCAAUUUAUGUAAUGGAGGAAUUAGUGGGAGUGAAUGGAGUCAGAGUAAUAAUAGCUCAAUGCGGUCACUACUAACUUUAGGUUCAUUGGCUGAGGUCCAGGGAUAUGUAUACUUCAUAGCAAAGGAUCAGUAUGGUUGUCGAUUCUUACAGAGGAUGCUUGAUGAUGGGACCUGUCAAGAUGUGCAAUUAAUAUUUGAUAAAAUAAUCAAUCAUGUUUUUGAACUGAUGACGAACCCGUUUGGCAAUUACCUUAUGCAGAAGUUGUUGGACGUGUGCAAUGAACAACAAAGAAUGCAAUUUGUACUCAAGGUGACCAAAGAACCAGGACAGCUUGUCAGAAUUUCCUUAGACACACAUGGCACUCGCGUGGUACAGAAGUUGAUUGAGACUGUUAGAACUGGGAAACAGAUCUCAUUAGUUAAAUCAUCCCUUGAAUGUGGUUUUCUUGAUCUUAUCAAGGAUCCAAAUGGUAAUCAUGUGGUACAACGUUGCUUGGACUGCUUUAGCAAUGAAGAUAAUAGGUUUAUUUUUGAUGCUGCUGCAAGAUUUUGUGUUGAGAUUGCAACUCAACGCCAUGGCUGUUGUGUACUACAAAAAUGCAUUGCACAUGCCAGUGGGAGACAUCGAGAUAAGCUGAUCAAUGAAAUUGCCAGGAAUGGGCUUCUCCUUUCCCAAGAUCCUUAUGGGAAUUAUGUUAUUCAAUAUGUCAUGGAGCUAAAGAUCCCAUCUGCAAUGGCCAAACUGAUUAAUCAAUUAAAAGGACACUUUGUACGCCUCUCAACGCAGAAAUGUAGUAGUCACGUGGUUGAAAAAUGCCUCAAGUAUUUUGAAGAAAGCCGACCAAGAAUCAUCCAUGAAUUGCUCUCAGUUCCUUGCUUUGAACAGUUGUUGCAAGACCCUUAUGCUAACUAUGUCGUUCAAUCUGCUCUUACAGUUACCAAGGGCCCUCUUCGUGCUUCUCUGGUUGAAGCAGUUAAGCCUCAUACAAUCUUACGAACCAGCCCAUACUGCAAGAGGAUUUUCUCACGGGAGCUCCUGAAGAAGUGAUGUGUUUUAGCCUACAUAGAAAAGUGUUGUUGUUCUCUAUGUUGAUUAGUAAUAACUGCUCUCUUUUGGGCACCUAGCUAAGAUAUGAGAUGUUUGUCUAAAUUCCUUGCUGGUCCUCAGAUGAAGUGUGCAAUUUUGGAUGGCAUUAAGAAGUCUGAAGGAGUUCGACCAGAGUUUUGCUUCCAAUUUCUUAUGAAGCAGUUGCUUCUUGUAAUACUCUGUUGUUUUGUGUCUUUAUCUGAACUUAAUGUAUGAUAUUCCACAGUCAGAACAGUGGAUUUCUGAUUCAAUGUUGUGUAAAUGUGAUGCAGCAUUUCUUUCUUGA